UACCCCAAAAAAAUCUCACCAUCGCCAUUACAGACUUCCCUUGAAAUGCACUACUCCAUCUACGGGCAAGAUCCACCAGCUACUGAUGGUUUAACAUUUCACCUAAAAAAAAUCCCUUUUGCAUUUUUCCUCUCUUCUUGUACAAAAGAUCCUCCUUUUCUGUGUUUCGAAUCCAAUUGUCAAAAGACUUUUUCUUGAACCGAAUUUCUCCUAUCACAUAAAAACCCAGUAAUGGUGGAGACAUUGCCAGUCGGGCGGUCUCAGUUACAACAACAAAGGGUGGAACUUAAGAGAUGGAUUACGGCAUUCCUUACGUCGCAUAAAACUCUCUUGAUUGUCCUCUGGAUUGCGGCUUUCGGUUCGGUUUUCUUCUGGCAACGGAAUAUUGGUGGGGCUGGGUUAUCGAUAUUCGGCAAAACUGGACCGGGUCGGCCUAUACCCAAGGUGCGGCCUUUCGCGUUUAAUUUGACUGAUUUCGGUGGUGUUGGGGAUGGGGUCGCUGAUGAAAUGGCGGCGUUCGAGAGGGCUAUCUUGGCGAUCUCCAAGUUUGGGAAGAAAGGUGGUGCGCAGCUCAAUGUGCCGCCCGGGAAGUGGCUUACGGCGCCGUUCAAUCUCACUAGUCAUAUGACUUUGUUUCUAGCUAAAGAUGCUGAGAUUCUUGGAGUCCAGGAUGAGAAGCGAUGGCCUUUAAUGCCUCCAUUGCCUUCAUAUGGGCAGGGAAGAGAGCAUAAGGGAGCUCGGUUUGGGAGUUUGAUUCACGGCCAAAACCUCAGAGAUGUUGUUAUAACUGGGCAUAAUGGUACCAUAAAUGGACAGGGUCAAUCAUGGUGGAAGAAGUUUCGCCAAAAGCUACUCAACAACACCAGGGGUCCACUUGUGCAGAUAAUGUGGUCAAGUGACAUUGUAAUCUCUAAUAUAACCUUACGUGAUUCUCCGUUUUGGACUUUUCAUCCGUACGACUGCAAGAAUAUAACAGUCAGGAAUGUUACCAUCCUGGCUCCAAUAUUUGAAGCCCCGAAUACCGAUGGAAUUGAUCCUGAUUCUUGUGAGGAUAUGGUGAUAGAAGAUUGCUACAUAAGCGUUGGGGAUGAUGCAAUUGCCAUAAAAAGUGGCUGGGACCAAUAUGGUAUAGCUUACGGACGACCCUCAAGAAACAUUCUUAUCCGAAACCUCAUCGUCCGAUCGAUGGUCAGUGCUGGCGUGUCGAUAGGCAGUGAGAUGUCUGGCGGGGUUUCUAAUGUAACUGUGGAGAACGUCCUCAUCUGGAGUUCUAGACGUGCAGUUCGAAUCAAAACUGCGGUUGGAAGAGGUGGAUAUGUUAGAGAUAUAACCUAUCAGAAUCUUACUUUCGAUGGUGCCCGAGUUGGAAUUGUCAUCAAGACAGACUACAACGAGCACCCUGAUGAUGAUUUUGACCGAAAGGCCCUCCCAAUAAUAAGGGACAUCAGCUUCACUGAGAUACACGGUCAAGGAGUCCGUGUACCAGUUAGAAUAUACGGCAGCGAGGACAUUCCCAUCAGAAACGUGACAUUUAGGGAUAUAUCAAUCGGGAUAACAUACAAGAAGAAGCACAUAUUCCAGUGCGCCUUCGUUGAAGGCCGUGUUAUAGGGACCAUCUUCCCCGCUCCUUGUGAAAACCUUGAUAGAUACGAUGAAGAAGACAGACUCGUAUCACGCUCUGAAUCCCAAAACGCAACGGAUAUAGAUUAUGACAUAUGAGAAAAUGGCGCUUCACUUCUAGGAUCAAAGCUCCAAGCCAUGAGAAGUGCAAGUGUGUAUGAGCAAGAACAAUGGUGGCGCAGAGCAAGCAUGUUUAUUUCUUUUCCAUGCCGUUUUUUGGCUCCACUUUUAUAACUUGUUUGGUUCACCCAGUUGUGUACAGAGAAUUUCAAGUAGUCUAUAUAGCUUAUAUAAAUUUUCAUCA